AUGGCGAUGGAUCAAGACAAGGCCGCUGGGCACGGCAAGCUGGGCACCGUCUCCGGUGUCUACAUCCCGGUCUGUCUCAACAUCCUGAGCAUCCUCAUGUUCCUCAGAUUCGGCCAAGUGCUCGGACAAGUUGGCUUCAUUGGCAUUCUAGGUCUGCUUCUCGCCGCCUACUGCAUCGAUCUGCUCACUGUCCUGUCUCUUUCCGCCAUUGCCUCCAAUGGAGAAGUCAAGGGCGGAGGCGCCUACUACAUGAUCUCCAGGUCCCUGGGUCCGGAAUUUGGUGGCUCAAUCGGCAUAUUGUUCUACUUGGCCCAGGCUCUGAAUACCGCAAUGAACGUCGUCGGUCUCAUUGACUGCCUCAGGCUCAACCUGGGUUCUAGUUUCCCUCAGGGGUAUUGGUCAGGCUAUGGGCUCCAGACAGCCGCCUUGAUGUUGUGUACAGGUCUUUGUCUGCUUGGCUCUUCGGCCUUUUCCAAGGCCUCGAAUGCAUUGCUCAUUAUUCUUGCCGUUUCCAUCGCGAGCAUCCCGGUGUCUGCCAUCUUCAAGGCCCCGUUUGAGGAUGCCACGGCUGGGAUCAAGUUUACGGGUAUCAGCAUCGAUACCCUCCUUGGCAACUUUGCGCCACGACCUUCUGAGGGCAGUUAUGAGGGCAUCAAGACGUUUCGUAACCUCUUUGGUGUUCUCUUCCCAGCGACGUCGGGCAUAUUUGCAGGGGCUUCCAUGUCUGGAGAUCUACGCAAUCCAAGCAAGGCGAUUCCAAAGGGAACGUUAUGGGCCACCCUCACAACGUUCAUCGCUUACUUCACGGUCAUCAUUUCCAUGGCUGCGGCCACCACCCACGAGUCAUUCCUCGCCAACGACAAUGUCAUAACUCUCACGAGCUUGUACGCCCCUAUCAUUCUGGCCGGCGAAUGUGCCGUUACCUUCUUCUCGGCUCUCAUGGGAGUCAUCGGCUCGGCCAAGUUAUUUCAGGCGCUUGCUCGCGACAAGCUGCUCCCUGGCCUGUCGCUCUUUGGAAGGGGGUCUCAGAGUGGCGACGAGCCUUUCUUUGCUAUACUCCUAACCUACUGCAUUGCUCAAGUGGCCCUUUUCGCGGAUUUGAACCAGAUUGCCACGCUCAUCUCGAUGGGUUACCAGAUGACUUUCUUUGUCAUGAACCUAGCAUGCUUCCUCUUGAAGAUCGGAUCGGCUCCUAAUUUCAGACCAAGCUUUCAGCUGUUUAGUGCAGAAACUGCUUUCCUUGGAAGCCUCAUGUCUGCGGCAGCAAUGUUCUUCAUCGAUGAAACAUAUGCUUCAACGGCAAUCUGCGCUCUUGUCCUGGUAUUCGUACUGAUUCACUAUCUCUGCCCACCAAAGCACUGGGGCGACGUCUCUCAGAACCUCAUCUACCACCAAGUCAGAAAGUAUCUGCUGAGGUUAAAGCCUGAGCAUAUCAAAUUCUGGAGACCGCAGAUCAUUCUCCUCGUCAACAACCCCCGGCGGCAGGCCAAGUUGAUUCAAUUUUGCAACUCCCUGAAGAAGGGCUCGCUUUACAUAUUGGGUCAUGUCAUCGUGACGGAUGACUUCCAUUCGGGAGUCCACGAGGCGAAACUGCAGCAAGCGGCCUGGACACGAUACAUAUCCGAGUUCUCCAGGAUCAAAGCGUUUGUGCAGCUCACAAUGUCACCAUCCAUCAAUUGGGGUAUUCGAAAUCUCAUCUUAUCGUCGGGACUCGGCGGCAUGCGCCCUAACAUCGCCAUCAUGGGGUUUUACAACAUGGACGACCUACGAAGAUCCAGCCAUCGACUGAGGGUACCCGAUAUUCCAAUGGCUCCAGCUUCCAAGAUGAAUCGGCCGCCGAGAUCCCAGGGGAAAGCAACCAGGAGGCGCCGCGGCGAUACAUCUGCUCAAAUGUUGAAAGGCUUCCUCCCCACUGAUGCAAUUCGCACAGAAGACAUGAUGUCCCCUACAGAAUAUAUGACAGCUCUGGAGGACUUGGCUCUGGUCUAUCGACUGAACGUGGCUGUUGCGUACGGAUUUGAGAGCUUGGAAACGCCUCGAAAGGACGGGUCCAACACGAAAAAGUACAUUGAUUUGUGGCCCAUCCAAAUGUCUGCCGAGGUUUCAUCCGAGGGCAGGAGCAUGUUGACAUCCAACUUUGAUACCUACACGCUGAUUCUGCAACUGGGUCAUAUUCUUCACAGCGUUCAGAAUUGGAAACGGGUAUAUAUACCACGGGUCAUGGUCUUUGUCGAAUACGAAAGCGAGGUCGAGGAAGAAAUGGCACGAGUCAAGACGCUCCUAGAGAAGCUGCGUAUCGAUGCUGAGGUCCGUGUGUUCUGGUUGGCUUCCGGGCAGCUGGACACAUACGAACGCAUCAUCAACGGCCGAGGUAGUAGCCUGGACUGCGAGAUUGUCGUCGGCGACGCACUGAGAGACGAAGAGUGGUGGAACGACUUGGAAGACUUUCGCGGAAAAUCCGAGCCCAUGACAACAAGUCAGGAGUUUUCACAUAUGGUACACAUUCUUACUUCGACCGCCGGACGGCCUGGAGUCUACAAUCCGCAUGAAGAGCCGGAGUCCCAGCGGCGGCGGUCCAGCCUCGUGGGCAUUCCCGGAAUGUCCAGGAGGCCGAAUAUCGGCUCUCUAUCUAAAAUGGGCAUCACCAUGGGAAUGCACACUCACCACUUGAAUGAAGAGGUCUUUGGGGAAUCUGAUUCGGAAUACGAAAGCGGUAGCGAUACAGAUACCAUGGACAUGGUAGGGUCAGUCAUAGAUCCAUCAUUGCCAGAGAUGUCCUCUCACUUUCCACAAGCGACACCUUCAGCUCCAAGAAUACGCGGGCAUGACUCUUUGGAACUGGUAGCUGGAUCAGGAGAUUACAUGAACGGUAAUGUUCAAGAUACCCCCUCAUACGGGACAAUGUCAACGUCUCGAGGCUUCUCACAAACCCAUAGCAGGCAAGAGUCAGUCAAUACGCCAGCCUUCAGACGAAUCCCGGAGUCAUCUGCGGCUCGGUUUUCAAGCCGGCCAGUUCCUGAAAUGAGAAUCACGACAGACGAGACAGGAUCGAGGAUUGGAUUCGCUGCCACGAAUGCCUCGAGCCCCGCGACCCCCAAGACAGACCGCCCGACGUUUUCUCAGCAGUCUUCGCUGGGGAAGUUCUCCACGCAGCCGCUGCCAGAACCAAGGAGACAAGGCGUGCGGGCGACUUCAUACACCGAGCAGCCAACGUAUUACUCGCGCUCAAGCACACAGAUUCAGUCUCGGUACCGCGCUUCGCAGUCUCGGCGAGAAUCACACACUUCUCCCUUUGGCCAAGGAGACGUGAGCUUAAACAUGCCCGAGCUGGAGCAAUCAUACAGAUUCGACAGGGACUCAAACUACGCAGACGGUGCCCCCUACUCUACGCAGAGUGUUGCCUUGUCCUUUAAUGAUCUGCCCAGUCGAGCGCAGCACCUCAUCCUUAAUGAGCUGAUGCGGCAGAAUUCCAAGGAUACGGCCGUUCUGCUGAGCACACUCCCGAUUCCCAUUGAGGGGACGUAUCAGGACACCGAUCGGACGAUUCAGUACCUUUCGGACGUUGAGCUGUUGUGUCACGAUCUUCCGCCUACUCUUUUGGUGCUGAGCAAUAACAUGACGGUGACAGUGAGCUUAUAG